AUGCUCUCGGCAUCUGUCACCAAUGGCACUGCAUUCCACCCUUCCACAUUUAUUCUACUUGGGAUCCCUGGGAUGCAAGACCAACAUGUUUGGAUUGCCAUCCCCUUCUGCUCCAUGUAUGUCCUCGCCCUGGUUGGUAACGGCACUAUUCUCUACAUCAUCAUGACAGACAGAGCUCUGCACGAGCCAAUGUACCUCUUCCUGUGCCUACUUUCCAUCACUGACCUGGUUCUCUGUUCGACAACUUUGCCCAAAAUGCUAACAAUCUUCUGGCUUAGGUCCCACACAAUUUCCUACCAUGGUUGCCUCACCCAGAUGUUUUUCGUCCAUGCAGUCUUUGCCACAGAGUCAGCUAUUCUGCUGGCCAUGGCUUUUGACCGCUAUGUGGCUAUCUGCCGUCCACUUCAUUACACAUCCAUCCUCAAUGCCACCGUGAUUGGGAAGAUAGGUGUGGCAUGUGUGUUUCGUGGCCUUCUCUUUGUUUUCCCCUUUGUCAUCCUCAUUGAGCGCUUACCCUUCUGUGGUCACCACAUCAUCCCACACACCUAUUGUGAACACAUGGGCAUAGCCAAGCUAGCCUGUGCCAGCAUCAAGACCAACACCAUUUAUGGUCUCACUGUAGCACUUUCAAUCACGGGCAUGGAUGUGGUCCUCAUUGCUACCUCCUAUACCCUGAUCUUGUGGGCUGUGCUGAGACUGCCCUCCAAGGAUGCCCGAUUCCGAGCAUUUAGCACUUGUGGAGCACACAUUUGUGUGAUUCUUGUCUUCUACAUCCCUGCCUUUUUUUCUUUUUUCACCCACCGCUUUGGCCACCACGUACCUCCUCAGGUCCACAUUGUACUUGCAAAUCUCUACCUUCUCGUGCCUCCUGUUCUCAACCCCCUGGUCUAUGGCAUUAACACCAAACAGAUCCGCAUAAGAAUAUUUGGCUAUUUUAUAGGGAGGAGGUAG